AAUGAGUCAGUCCGCGGUGCCAGUCAAACAACCUUAGAUAUGAGCUCUAGGGAUAGAAUACAUCUGAAUAUAUUUACAAAACUAAUAAUGUAUUACGGCCAGGUGAAGGGCUUUGUGGCUCGCCAGCAGUUGGGGCUGCUUUCUCUCCAAAAUGUUUUUUGAGAUUGCUGGAAUGGCCGAUCAACAGAGGCAUGUAAUAGUACGCUAAGGGCUGUUGGAUUUAUCAAAUAUGGCGGAGCAACAUACACAAUCUACCUCAAAUGCGAGUAGUGUUUGGAAUCGCCUGCCACCGGAGGAGUUCCAACAGCUUCAGGAAUACACUAAAUAUUCAAAUACCAGCCGUUUAACUGAUGUUUUAAAGCAAUUCCGAGAUGGUGUCUAUCCAAAAUAUAACCCAGAACAGCCUAUGGACUAUGAGGGCUUUAAGUUUUUCAUGUCUGCUUAUCUUGGUGAUGAUGUUAGUGAGGAGCUAUGCAAGCAUCUUUUCUGGGCUUUUCACAAGGAGGUACCCGUCUCUAGCCUCCACUCACCUUCCCUUUCUGUUGGUAUCUCACAAACAAUUCUGGACAGUAUGGCUGUUUCUGGAUCCAAUUCACAGCAAGAUAUAUCGAAGCCAGACCCAAACAGAAGAGUUUCAGAGCUGCCCGGUAUACACAGCGGUGCGGGGACUGCGGCUUUAGUCGCGGCAGCUGCGGCCAUAGCCGCGGUAGGCGACAAGCCCGAAAUAACACUAUCCAAAGCUAAAGACGACGAGCCUACGACCUCGAGCACAGAAGCUAAUCACGCGAAACAAAUAGAGCGGGAGAGUACUGAUAUGGUUACUCUCCUCAACCAGUGCGAGAGUACUGAUACGGUCACUCCCCUGAACCAAACUCUUUCUCCACAAGACUCCUCUACUCUCGGCUUAGGCUCUUGGGGAAAAAAGUCUUCUGAUAAGCACCACUUCCGUCGUCAUUCCAGUGGCUCCUUCGUCGCAUUCAAAGUCGCGAAUGAGCAUCAAUCAUCUCAGCCUCGGUCCAGUUCCCAGCGCAAGAAGAACUCCGCUGAACAGGUUCACCUUCUGAACGUGUCUCAGCCGGCCGUGAAGACUGUGCCGAUGGUUUCUAUCAGGGAGAUUGCAUGUUACCUCUCCAUGCUUGAGGGGGGGAAAGUCGAAGAUAAGCUAGAAUUCGUGUUUAGAGUGUAUGACGCAGAUGGCAACGAGCAAUUGGACUCACAGGAACUCGAGUGCAUCACACAGCAGAUGAUGAGCGUAGCGCAGUAUCUUGGAUGGGACGUGACUGAGCUCAAACCAAUUCUGCGUGAUAUGUUGGUUGAGUUAGAUGAUGACUGUGACGGGACGAUUUCACUAGAAGAAUGGAUCAAAGGGGGGUUGACCACUAUACCCCUUCGCGUUUUGUUGGGCCUAGAGACGCAAAUUCGUGAUGACGGCCAGCAUCAGUGGCGGCAGAAACACUUUAACCGUCCAGCCUAUUGUAACAUGUGCCAUAACCAGUUGACGGGGUUUGCACGCAAGCAGGGUCUUCAGUGUUUGUUCUGUAAAUACACGGUACACGAACGCUGCGUCCAGCGAGCGCCUGCCUCGUGCAUAAACACCUACGUCAAGUCUAAAAGAACGGGCAAAAUGGUGAGACAGACCAUGGACCACCACUGGGUAGAGGGAAACUGUCCGGGAAAGUGCUUUAAGUGUAACAAGACUGUCAAAAGCACCAACUGCCUGACUGGACUACGCUGUGCAUGGUGUCAGAUGGUGGUCCAUAAUAAGUGCGCGACCAAUGUUAGCCCGGAGUGCAACCUGGGAGUACACAGAGAGCACAUUCUUCCGCCGAUGAGUAUCACACCAGCUGGCCUGGAUCGUAAGCGAACGAACUCUAGUGCAGAGAGCCCAGACUCAACCACAAAACCAAAUUCCUAUGUGAACUUUGACGGGAUGCCAAUGCAGAUAACCCCUCUACCGGGUACGCACCCCUUGGCUGUGUUCAUCAACCCGAAGAGCGGGGGCCGACAAGGAUCACGACUCAUGCACAAGUUUCAGUAUCUGCUGAACCCGAGACAAGUGUUCAAUCUCGGUGAUGGAGGACCGGCUCCGGGGCUGAAAUUCUUCCAACACUUGAGUGACUUUCGGGUGUUGUGUUGCGGUGGAGACGGCACGGUGGGAUGGGUCCUAGCGACGAUAGACAAACUACAGAUGAGGUUUCGUCCACCAGUGGCUGUUCUACCACUUGGAACUGGUAACGACUUGGCGCGUUGCUUGAAGUGGGGUGGCGGUUACGAGGGCGGUAGUAUAUCCAAGGUUCUGUCUCAAGUGCAACGUGGAAGUGUCCUCAGCAUGGACAGAUGGCAAAUAGACGUGACCGACGUGGACUCAUCUGAGAAUGGCGACUCGCCUCCGCUCAAUAUCAUCAAUAACUACUUUUCUAUAGGGGUGGACGCAUCAGUUGCACUGAAGUUUCAUCUUCAGCGGGAGAAAAACCCUGAGAAAUUCAACAGCAGAUUGAAGAACAAAUUCCGUUACUUUGAAUGUGGAACUUCUGAGACUUUGUCUGCAACUUGUAAAAACUUGCAGGACGCCAUUCAAGUUAUAUGUGAUGGUAAGAUCCUGGAGUUGCCAAACCUAGAAGGGAUCGCAAUCGUGAACAUCCCCAGCGUCUAUGGCGGUGCUAACCUUUGGGGAGAGACGGACAAGAAAAAAGCCAAGAAAUCCCGAAGCAAGAGCGGGAGCAAAGACAACGAUCUGGCCUGGGCCGUGCAGGACAUUGGUGACGGGCAGCUCGAAGUUGUUGGUCUUGAGAGCUCACUCUACGUAGGACAGAUUAUCGCUGGAGUCCGUACACACGGACUUCGACUCGCACAGUGCUCGUCCAUAGAAAUCAAAACAAAGAGAUUAUUUCCCAUGCAAAUUGAUGGCGAGCCGUGGAUGCAGCCAGCCGCUACGAUGAAGAUUGUCCACAAGAAUCAAGUCCCCAUGCUUCAAGGGCCGCCUCCCGCGAAAUCUUCCUUCUUCUUCAAGCGAAAACAGAUUCGUGACCCUGAGCUUGAAAGUGAGAUAUAAUGCAGUCCUGCGUCGUAAGGCCAUAAGGACAAUGUCAACGACCACUUCUAGUUCUAUUUAUUGGGUGAUAUACACAAGGAUUACAUGCGCUAUAUCCAUACUGCGGGAUGUGUACUUCUUGCCGAGUAAAGCUCUGUGUGACGGUUCUCGGGGAAUCGAGGGUUUCGAGCCCACGAAACUGUCCAAAUUGGUAGGUUAAGUCAUCUUCGGAACAGACGAUGUCCGCUCGGUGCUAAAUGUUGGGAACGAAUUUGCAGCUGAAUUCCAAUGCUUUUUUAGGGAGUUUCGAGUCUUUCUUCAAGAUAUUUUAAUGUCCAAAUUUGGUCGCGGUUUGCAAACGAUGAACGUUAAUCUUCCAGAUCAGACACAUAACCAUGACGUGAUUUACGAUACAUGCGAAGCUGACUGGGUUUUUUUUACAGAAGGCAAACAUUAUGGAUAACUGAAACCUAUUGCAGUACCAUAACACGGACCCAUCCAUAGAUGGAUAGUUGAUCACUACGCCUUUAUGGUCUAUUCUGAAAACUUCCGUUAUCAAGGUUAUUUAUUCGUGAGUUGCAAGGCUAUUUAUUAUUGCAAUUCUACUCGUUUGGUAUCUUCAAACGUUAGAACGAUUCUUGAAAAAAAAAAAAAACAAGCGGAAUGGUAUAUUUCCAAGUAGAACAGGUUAUCGACAGACAUAAAAUCAACGCUAUGAAGGUCUGGAUAAAGAAUAGAUAGGUAUGAUAUUGAAAAUAUUACAUGCAGUAUAUAUAUUAUAUAUAAUCUAAAAAGCUUAUUUAACUGAGACGAAUAACAGUAUAUAGUAUAAAGUUGGGGAUCUAUAUAUUUGCUGGGCAUUCAACAGAUUCUUGAUAAAGUGAUAAAAAAUAAGCAUAUUACAUCCCGGGACAUUUUGGAUUUUCGUAUAUGACUGCUCGAUGCUAAAGCCUGGAUCAAACGGAGACGAACGCCGAUGAGAGUUCCACGGCUUACAAUAAAACUAUCUUUGGCAGUGGCCAGGUUUUGACCCAAGAAUCAGUUAUCAAUUAUUUGAGUUCAGAAUUCAUUACCGAAUCUGUAAUUACACGUUAAAAUCCCCUUUCGUGAAAACUGCUGGUCGAAAUACUCUCAUCAACUCUCUUUCUCGCGAUCAAACGGUGGUAACUCUCAAUGUUAACUUAAAUAUCGAUUUUUUUAGAUGCUCAAAGUGAUUGAAAGUAGAUAGAGUAUGCGUGAGAGUGCACGUUAAACGGAGUAGGGCCUCUCAUCGAGCCGCGUCAACUCUCAUCUUCGUUUGUUGAGGCUUGAUCUCCUAGUAGUAGGAUUCACCCGCCAAUGCGGGAAAGACGGGGUUUUAGCCUGCGUUAGUACUGUUAGGCAAUUAAAGAUUAUACAAAGUGUGCACCUAUCAGGAUUUUCAGGGAACUGUGGAGCACUUCAAAUUUGUAAACAUGCUCCUUCAACAAUGGGCACUAUGUUCGAUGAUAGUAAGGGAUUGAGAGCCCAGGAAUCUUCCUGGAUAUAAGUUAAACAUCCUGGAACCGACUUGCUCAACACUGUUAUUUUAUUUUGAUUCUUGAAAUGUUUCUUUGAAAAUAAAUGUUAUCGUUUGAUUAUUGUUUUAGCAUGGAAUGCCAUCGUUUAUUUUGUAGGAUGGAUCACAGUAAUUCCAAAGAUUUUGUUCACUAUACUGUUCAUUUAAAUUGCAUUAAUUGUUAGUUGCAGGACUAGUAUCGUCAUGUAAGUCGGAUUCAGAAGCUUGGAACAUACUAGUGGGAAUACGUGCGCAACUUCAAGACUAGCUUAUUCUUCUUUCUGAGAUUUGAUUUUGUUUGUUGAUUGCUGGCAAUGAAUUAAAGGACCUGUACGCCGCUAUGCUCCCGGCCUCGGAUUUAAAAUAGGGAUCUCUUACGCAAGACGAAGCGACGGCAAGGAUAACGUGACCAAAUGAAUACUUUUAUGCUUAGGUCUCAAUAAACCCUAACCUCACGCAAAUAGAACGGCGACGGCAGAAAACGCAAAUAGCCAGUCGGGAAAUGCACUUUGAAAUGGACUCUGUAUAAUACAUUUCAGACAUUUUCCUCCAAACUACGAGGUGAAAACUCCACAUUUAAUGGUCUGGCGAGAAAGUGUUUGCUGUACACCUUUCAUGGUAGAAAUAAGGUUCUAGUCCUAUCUUUAUUUUUAGGACUGACAAACAAGUUUCUUUGGAACCAAUUUAACAAAGGCAUAUUUUGGCCACGUUCUCCUUGCCAUCAGCGGAGUUGUGUAAAACCAUAAUUAGUAGAAAAGGAAAAAUAUAGGUAAAAAGUAAUAAAGAAGAACAAGUCUCUGCCGGGGUUGACUAGUAUGUCUGCUGAGAUUAAAUCGUAACUGAAUAACCCAUUUACUCCUGUUUUGGCCUUAACUGUACAAGAGUUUUAAGAAAUCGUCUUAACGUUGUGAAUUCUAUCAGAACGUUUUCCUCUCGCCUUUAUAUGAAGCAAAGCAGUAAUUUACUUAUUAACCCCGUGGAAACGGCAGCGCCAACAUCGGCCAGCAUUGUUGGUAUCGCUUCGCUCGACUGACCACAAGACAAAGACAACUGCUGGUGAACUAGUCCACAGCAUCAACAUGGUGUAUAAACAAUACAAGUAUCUUUGGACCCAGGUCUUGUGCACGACUGCGGUCUCGGGCUUCACGGAUAAGCUCCUGAAUUCCCCCAAAUAACACAUAGCUUUUCAAUAUGUUAUUUCUAAAAAAAAACCUGUGGAAGAAAUCAUUUUCAGCAUCUGUUAUUGCAACGGUUACUACCUUUCUCUUAUAGUGAUGCCAUAGAACUCAAAACUCUUCUAACAACAUGAAGGCAAGAGGAAAAUGAAAAUAUAUCAUUCAUGACGUUUGUUUUUAACUUGGUUUCUAUCCCCAAAGGAGGGUGUCAGGAAGAAGUGCCAAUAAAACAUGAUGGUACACAGUU